AAAUGAUAAGCCUUUGGGUCUCGACUCUCGAGUUAAAAGGGCAUACGCCAUACAGCAUUACAGCGAGCAUACUCGUCACUCGAGCCCACGAUUUAAGAUAAAUUAAUCGUGGAUACAGCAGCUGCAGUUGGCAGUUUAUUGUAGUAACUAGUAUUGUUCAUAUCUGUGAUAUAAGUACAAAUACAAAUUACAAUCCACAUGACGUCAUGACCACAUGAAAUGUAUGUAAAAUGAGCUCUAAAGAGGAAUUUUUAUCCAAAACUGAACGGACCAAGUGUUGGUCGUCUCGUGAUCAAUUCUGGGAAUGUUUGCGUUCCAACGAUGAUAAAGCAGACAAAUGUACAGAUCUCAGACUAAUCUAUGAAUCAUCUUGUCCAGUUCAAUGGGUAAAACACUUUGAUAGAAAAUAUAACUAUCUGAAGUUUAAAGAAAAAAUGGAGAAAGAUGGUUAUGAACCUUUAAACGAAAAAUGAUGUACUUAAUAAUAUUAUGAUGGUGUUAGUUUAAUUGGUAGGUAACAUAGUUCAAUAUAGUUUAUUUGAAAUUAAUUUUAUUAUAUUAAUUUAUUUACUAUUCAAACAUUUUUAUCCUUCUUAUGUUGAAAAGUUAAGUAUAGGUAUAAUAAUGAUUUAAAUGUUAUAUAUAAAAAUAACAAAAAAUAAAAAUUGUUUAAAUAUACCUAUUACCUAAUUUGUAUUAUUAAAUGAAUAAUAUUAUUAAACUAAUAAAUAUUUAUUGCAGUUGUUA